AUGAGUGUGAAUGUGUCCCCAAUUGCAAUUAUCACGUAUUGCGGCGCCAGCCAGAAGGCACUCAUCGACUGGGAACUCCCGUUUUUCUCAACAAUGUCGAGCCGUUUUUUCUCGACGAGGGCCGCGACCAUCAUGGUGAGUACGGAGAAUAUCAUACCAGUCCCGAUCCGUGUGAGAAGGUUGAUCCCUCGGUCAUUCCCCGUGAGGCGUCGGAGGAAGGGGACGAGGGCCCGGUCGUAUAACGCGAUCGCGAAAACGAGGGUGAUGGCCGACAGGGCUUGGAUGGAAGCCGGCGGGAUCUCGAACUUGGAGGUGAUCCUACGGUCGAGGGUCACGCUCUGCUUGAUGAAGAACGUCGAGGAUUGUGCCACGCAGAUGCCGAAGGGUAGUGUGGUUAGCCAUAUCGGGAUCAUGUUGACCAGGAGUUUGACCUCCUCGACUCGCGUCACGGUCGCCAGGUGCCACGGGUUUUGUUCGUCGGUCGGGGUUCGGAUUCCUCUUCACGAAAGCCGCCACCAAAACCUGAAGCAGAGGAGUCAAGGGACUCCCGUUGGGCCUCCGAAACCGGUAAUACGGCCUUCCGAUCAAGAAUAUCACGACAGUGAAUGCCAUAACGGAUGUCAAAAUAACAUCGGCCGUAGCCCACCCGAUGUGGUCUUGAAUACGAUCACGGUCACCCCUAGCAAGAGCCCGCAACAAAGCCCAAAACACCACCAGUUGAAAAAUGACAUCUUCUUCUUCCGCUCCCCCGCGUGGUCGUCGUCAAACUGGUCGGCCCCGAAGCUCUCGAGCGAGGGCUUGUGCCCACCGGUCCCGAUCGAGAUCAAGUACAUGGCUAAGAAAAAAAUGAUGACGUGGAUUUUUCGGGGCUCCGGGCAGGGCCCGGGCCCACACGGUUCCAGGCUCGGGAUCACUCGAGACAUUUUCGUACCAGUUAUGGAUUCCGAGAAUGAUGUUUAUGGUGAUUAA